GGUUUUUCUCUCCUUGUCCUUGCUCCUGUUUAAGGUUUCUCCAACAUCCCAAGUCUUUUUGGGGCCCCCAUUUGAGAGAGAGAGAGAGAUUAUGGGUGACAACAAAGGAGAAUCGACCACCAAAAAACAUUUAUCCUCUUCUUCUCCCAAAGACCCACUUGAUCAGGAAUCCACCGAAACCAAACCGCCACCACAACACCACCGCCACCACUCCCCCACCGCCGUCCCUCCUCCGUUCAUCUCCACACCUCUCUACGUCCCAACUAGCAGCCCAAAUUUCGACCCACAACAACAGCAGCAGUUCGAACCUGCAGUGAACCCAAAGCGGCCCAGAUACACCAGCGCCCAAUGGAAACCCUUGCCCUCUCCCUCUCCCUCCUCCCAACAACCAAAACACCCCCAAAUCACCACCCUAAUUACCACCGAACCACCCCACACCACCGCGGCUUCCUCUUCCGAAACGGCGUCGUCUCCCUCCCACUCGCCUUCCCCUUCCUCGAGCAAGCCGGAAGCAACCGGAGACCACCAGCUCCAGCACCAGCUGAGAAAAGGAAAGUACGUCAGCCCGGUCUGGAAGCCCAACGAGAUGUUGUGGCUUGCCAGGGCCUGGAAGGCCCAAUACCAAGGUGGUGACGCGGAGGGGGCAGCCCAGCUUUCUGGCGGUGAUGCGGCGGCUGGACCGCAGCCGUCGAGGGGGAAGACUAGGGCGGAGAAGGAUAGGGAAGUGGCGGAGUUUUUGAACCGGCACGGGGUUAGCAGGGACGCGAAGACGGCGGGUACCAAGUGGGAUAACAUGCUGGGGGAGUUUAGGAAGGUGUUUGAGUGGGAGAGGGGAGGAGAGAGAGAGCAAGUUGGGAAGAGCUACUUUAGGCUGUCGCCUUACGAGAGGAAGCUGCACAGGCUACCUGCUUCAUUUGACGAGGAGGUUUUCGAGGAGUUGUCGCCGUUUAUGGGGUCCAAGAUGAGGACUCCGCAGGGCAGAGGUGUUUUGAUUUCCGCCAGCGGCAGCGGUGAUAGUAGGUCGCCACAUGCUGCGGCGGCGAUGGGUGCUAAGGCUCUCCUUCCGCCGCCUCCUUUUAGAGAGGAAGAUGUGUCUCUAUCGGGGAGGACCAAACAAAUUAUAUUACCGAGUGGAGGAGAUGCCUAUUUCCACGGGAGCAGAGGGAGUUUACCAGGGUUCGAGUCGCCACUCGACGUCUCGGCGGCGCCGUCCGCAUCGACAUCAUCGAAAGAAAUCCGUCGAAUCGGGAAAGUGAGAAUGAUAUGGGAGGAAUCAGUGAGCAUAUGGGGGGAAGAAGGAGACCACCACAGGGGUAGAGUGAAGGUUAGCGGCUCGAAUUUCCUGGAGGCGGACGAGCUGACGUUCUUGGACGACUCCACGGUUGCUUGUACCAUGGAGGCGUUCGAAGAUGGGGCCCUCAGGGGGUUCUCUGUCGACAGAUUCGUCUCCGGACAGCAAAUCAAAGUGUUUGGCAGGAGAAAAUCUUCUUCAUCGACUCCUGCUGCUGCUGCUGCUAUCCCUCCUGGUUUUAAUGAAAGAGGUCAACUUCCAUAUACAGAGCCCUCCAUUAGAUCGAUUCCUCCAUGGGAGUUUCAAGACCCAACCGAGUACUACCUGGGGUGCCUGCGACUUCCACCACCAACACUCCCAACCCUACUCGAACUCUCAUGGCACUUGCAAGAACCACCACCGGAGGAGCUUCGUUUCCCGCUAAGAAAAGACGUGUACAGAGACUUGCCACAGGGUAGAGAACUGUUCUUCACCGCCACUUCCGAGCAACUUGAUUGUAGAGCUGCCACAUUCGAUUUGUUAAGCCCGAUUAUCAAAACGAACCCUAGCAUGACUGCCUCAAGUAGGGACUCGUUUAUCGGCCUUUGGGACGAUUGCAUCAAUAGGAUCGUGGCCAGAUUCUGUUCCAAUAUCGAUAUGGUUCGGAAACCCCCUAGUUCGUCCUUGGCAGAAACACUUAAAGAUCAAUGGCCGAACGUGACCGGUUUUCUGAGAUGCUUUUGUUUGUGGAGAGGGGAAGAGAGUGAUCAAUUGAGGGAGGGUCACGUGGAUCCUUCUUCUUCAAUUGUUCAAAAGCUUUUUUGGAGCUACGCCGACUUACCUUACGUACUGGGGUAUUAUGCUGUUGGCUAUAUUGUUACGUUUUGUGCGCUGAGUCGAUCACAGGACCGAAUCAUCCGAACCGAUCUGUGCACGCUUGACUUGUCGACUCCGGCUGAGAGGAUGAAAGCCCUAGUUCCAUGUUGGAGGAUUGCAGGUUUGUUGCCAUUGCUAGCAGACCGGUGCUUCAACUUCAUCAACAACGGUAACCCCCACAAACCACUCCUCUACACCGACUUCGAGAGAAUCGAUCUAGGUAACGGAAACAUCACCGAGACGACGCCUACCACCGUCAUACGCUACUUCCCAAGCAAGAGAAAAUGGGCCGCCGUCAAAGAGAUCUACGACUUCCUCGACCGUGUCCCGCACGCCGAGCACAUCCUCCGGUCGUCCGAGAAAGACCUAGCCCUGGUGUUCAAACCCAGAGGCUGCAAAUUCAAGCCGACAAACUGCGACCAGCUAGUGGACGCUCUCAAGCACGUGACCGAAGCCCUAGUCGCGCUCCACGACUUAUCGUUCAUGCACAGGGACUUGGGUUGGGACAAGGUGAUGAGGGGCGUGGAGAGGGACGGGGAUCCGUGGUUCGUGGUCGGGUUCGACGAGGCAGUGGGCGCGCCGCAGAUAUACCCACACGCGGCGGCGAGCGGGCGGCAUGCGCCGGAGAUGGGGCGGGGCCUGCACGGGGUGAAGGUGGACGUGUGGGGGGUGGGCCAGUUGGUUAAGAGCUGUGGGUUGGUGGGCGUGCCCAAGUUGCUUAGGGAGUUGCAAAACAGGUGCCUGGACCAUAACCCGGAGCAGCGGCCCACGGCGGCUGAAUGCUAUCACCACCUGAUGCAGUUGCAGUCUUCGCUGCAGUCAGCAGCAGCAUCUGGCGCUGCCGGUGGUAGUGGCGGUGGUGGUUAUUGAUGUGUGACUGAUGGGGAGAGAGAGAGAGAGAGAGAUCACUAAGCCUAACUGAAUGAGUCAGAUUUGUGUUCCACUGAGCUAGGGCUAUAGGUAGGUUACUUUGACUAUUGAUUACUUAUUAAAUUGGUUUAACAACCGAAUUAAUUGCAUUUUGAAGGUAGACAUUGGAUGGUAGGUAUGCUAAUUGGUGGAUUAGAGAAUUUUAAUGUGGAGUAAUGUAUCUGGAUUAACCUGUGAAAUGGGAUAUUUGACUAAACUGUCCAG